AUGCUCAGAGUCGAGGAUGAGGGGUUGAGGGUUUCUUUGGCGACCUUCCAAUUGACAGGAGAUGCGAAUUAUUGGUGGAAGUAUGUGAAGGGUACUGUAGGUGCCACGUGGGUUGUGUUUACCAAGGCCUUCUUGGCCAAGUAUUUCCCUUCUUCUGCUCGAGAAAGGUUGAGGGAACAGUUUGUUGAGUUACGCCAGGGUGUUAUUUCUUUGGCUCAAUUUGAGAUGAGAUUCACUAGUUUGUCGAGGUUUGCUCCAGAGUUAGUGGCAACAGAGGAGCACCGCUGUUAUGAGUUUGAGAGGCAGUUGCGUGAUGAUAUCCAAGAGAAGGUGGUUGGAUCUAUGUGGAAAAAUUAUUUUGCUUUAGUUGAGGCGGCGGCCCAUGUGGAGGCCAUGGUUAGCAGUGUUGGUCGGGUAAGAGAGGAGGCCAUUUCAGUAACUCCAACAGUUCAUAAGCACUCUAGGCUCAGUAAGAGGUGGAGGCGAGCUCAUACUCACUCUCAGUCUCAGUCCUUGUCUUUGUCGAGGGUUUCAGACUUGUCUUUUGCGGGACCCAGUGAGGUUUGGGCUCCGAGUCAGGUUCAGAAUUGGGAGACUACCGUUUGUUUUGAUUGUGGUCAACAGGGCCAUGUUAGACGUUUUUUCUCUUUUCGUACGAGUUCUUUGGAAGUUUCAGAACCUAGUCAGACCUUGUCCCAUCAGCCCAAUCAGGGACGUUAUCAGUAUCAGACCCGAAGGGGCCAAGCUUCGAGAACUUUGCAAAGGUCGGCUUGUCAGUCAGCACAAUAG